ACUUUUUGAGUUUCAAUGUGUGGUAGAGUUUGAUAGGGGCUAUAAGCAAAGGCUACUUCUCAGAGUCUUUCGUUGUGUGGGGCGUGUGGUUCGCUAACUACUAGAACCUUCCUGAGUUCCUCCACUUUUAGGGUUUUACUAGGGUUUAUGCUUACCAUCCUCUCACCCUCUCCUUCGCAAUUUCCAAAAAUCAAAUUCCAAACCCUAGACCCACAAUUUCCAAAUUAAUCAAAUCCCUAAUCUUUUUUUCCCAUUUCUCAUCAAUUGCUUUCUCAAAUUCGAAGGCUAAAUUAAAUCUUUUUUCGCUUAACAAGGCGGGUUUCCAAAUGGUUCGCUCCAAUGGCGUUAGGUUCCUUCACUGCCUCGCUCGUCGCUCUCUCUCAUCCCAUUUUCUCCACCACACUCAGAACCCCGUUAAGGAGACGGUGUUUCGAGGUGGUUAUAGGAACUUCAAUUCUGCAGUUUUCAAUCCAUUUAGAGUUUUAGGAUCUCGCGCUUCUAACAAUGUUUAUCAGCAGAAUUGGUUGCUAUUGAGAGGUUUGAAUGCCAGGCAGGGCACAACGAGAUCAAUUCACGGCACUGCUUCCAUGGCUGCAAGAGAUUAUUAUGAUACACUUGGUGUCAGCAGGAAUGCUACUGCAUCUGAAAUAAAGAAAGCUUAUUAUGGGCUUGCAAAGAAGCUCCAUCCUGACACAAACAAAGAAGAUCCUGAAGCUGAAAAGAAGUUUCAAGAAGUUCAAAAGGCGUAUGAGGUUUUAAAAGAUGAGGAUAAGCGUCAACAAUAUGAUCAGUUUGGCCAUGCUGCAUUUGAAGAGCAAGAGGGCUCUGGCUUUUCCCAUGAUUUCAGGAAUCCUUUUAACGAUAUCUUCAAUGAUGGAAUCUUCAACAUUUUCCGUCAGAAUUAUGGUGGUCAGGAUGUCAAGGUUGCUGUUGAAAUAUCCUUUAUGGAAGCUGUUCAGGGAUGCACAAAAACUGUGACAUUUCAAGCCGCAGUUCCCUGUGAAGCUUGUGGUGGGAGUGGUGUUCCUCCUGGAACCAGACCUGAAUCAUGUAAGCGCUGUAGAGGGUCUGGGAUGACAUCCAUUCUAAGCGGCCCAUUCAGGAUGCAGACAACUUGUACUCAGUGUGGUGGAACAGGGAAAAUAUUCCCGAGACUUUGCAAGUCAUGUAAUGGAAAAAGAGUCGUGAGUGGAAUGAAAUCGGUUAAGCUGGAUAUCAUGCCAGGGGUAGAAGAUAAUGAAACUUUAAAGAUGUUCAGUAGUGGUGGGGCUGAUCCGGAUGGAAAUCAACCUGGUGAUCUUUAUGUUACAAUUAGGGUAAGAGAAGAUCCUGUUUUUCGUAGAGAAGGUGCUGACAUUCAUGUUGAUGCCAUUUUGAGUAUCACACAGGCAAUUUUGGGGGGAACCAUCCAUGUCCCAACUCUAACGGGAGAUGUUGUUUUAAAGGUCCGGCCAGGCACCCAACCCGGCCAGAAGGUAGUCCUCAAGAAAAAAGGGAUUAAGACCAGAAAUUCUUAUUCUUUCGGUGACCAAUAUGUACAUUUCAACGUCAGCAUCCCAACCAAUUUGACCCAGAGACAGCGUGAAUUAAUUGAAGAGUUUGUCAAAGAGGAGCAGGGGGAGUUCGAUAAGAGCAAAGCAGCAGGAGCAUCCGGGUGAAGAAAGAGCUUCUAAUGGAAAAUUAUAGCAUACGAAUACCCAUCCACUCUGGAAGUUUUGUAGGAGUGAUUUUGGGUGCUAUUUUGACCUAUAAAUUUAUGAGGUUAUCUUAAAAACAUUUUUCCCUCAUAUCAUAAUGUUAUUUUGUAACACAUUCAAGAGUGAUAAUAGUUAGGCGUUGUAUAUAGAAAAUCGUUUUUGCUAUGUCAUUAUUUGAAUUGGCAGCAAAUGCUCAUGUUAUUAGUUACAUGAUUUUUUUUAGACAGUUUCGAGAUAAAAAUAGAAGCAAAAUUAUCAAUUA